GCCUAAAGGCUUAAGUCCCUUGCUGAGCUAAGGUAGCCUUCUAAAACAAAGAUGUCUUAUUCUCUCACCUUUGCUCAUUCAAUACAUAAUAGUAUCACAACCCCUGUUCUCGCUACAAAAAACAACCACCAUUGCUACUAUAACUGCUAUAGUACCAAAACUUCUCGGAGAACUAAUAAGAUUGUCAGUGGCCAAAACAAAGAAAAAGCAGAAGGGGGCCGUAGCAGUCUCUCUUCAGCUCUGACACUGUCCCACGAAAACCCUCAGGAUGUGAUAACAACCACAGAUAGGGUGGUUGACAAUGGUAUAAAAACCACGUCUACCACCACUGCUAUCAUGCCUCUUCUUAAACCAUCUGAUGGUAUUGGCAUUGUUAGUUAUCUUCGGGGCAAGAACUAUCUUAUCACAGGUGCAACUGGGUUUCUAGGCAAAGCUUUUAUUGAGAAGAUGUUACGUACAAUACCAGAUGUGGGGAAAAUCUUUCUCUUGAUUAAGGCAAAGGACAAAGAAGCUGCCAUCCAUAGACUGAAAACUGAAGUACGUUAUAAUAUAAAGAUUUUCCUUUUGUUGUGUGGGUUCAUAGUCGACAGAAUGAAUAAUAAUGCUAUGUAA